CUAAACUCAGGCUAUGUGUAAAAAGCGGGAUUUUACGAAAACUGUUUGGUCAGUUAGUCAGUACUCGGUACCCUUUCUGGCGAACUACAUACCGUGUUAUUGUUUGGAUGGAUUUGAUUGGAUCAGGUCGCGCCAUCUGAGCUUGAGCAUUUGCUUCAGUCCCGUCCAGAUAUACUCGAGGCAGCUGUGGUCCCGUUGCCUGACGAGAGAGUGUUGGGAUGAAUAGCUUUGAAAAGCUAUAAUGAAAUUCCUAAUUAAUUAUCCAGUAUUUUCCCAUAAUACGAAAUUAAGAUGGAU